GACGACGCCUCCUAGCAAGCCGUACAAUGCGCUCUUGUGACGAUUCCGAACAGUCCUGCGACAGUCGUAGUCAAUUCUCCAUCGCGGUAUUUUCGUCGGCCUAUCAGUCGCGUCGGAACUCUCCAGUCUCGUCGGCAUUGCCUUCGGCUAGGUUUUGCAUUGUUUUUUCGGUCGUCUUUGAUCGGCUAGGUAGUGGCCUCGUAGUGUUUCGCCUCGCGAUCCUCAGUCUCCCAUACUGCCAGUGAUCUCGGACUUAAACCUAAAGGGCGAAAUGGAGGAGCUAGAGAGGCAUCGUAGCCGUCGAUCGUAGCCGUCGAUCGUAGCCGUCGAUAAGUCCUCAUGCGUCAGUAGUGCGUUCCCAGUCAGGGUAACGAGCAGGCCCCUCAGAGGGGCCUGAAUCACGAGCAGCCAUGAGUCUGCUGGAGAUUAAGUAUGUUCCGCGGCCUCCGACUCUUGGACAGGGGUCCAACCUGGACUCCAUGAUUCUGCCGGAGGCGGAGGAGGUGCCCCACUUGCGCGAGUUGGACUUUUGCGUGAACGCGGAUUUCGUGCACAUAGAGAACAAGUACGGCACCUUCAUCUGCGAGCCCCACCUCACCUUCGCCAAGCAAGUCUUCCCCUCCAACCCUGGCGAUCCCCCUCCGGGGGGGACCUACAGGCAGAAUGGAGGGGAGGAGGAAUACGAGGAUCCCUAUGUCGGGGAUAGGUCCAUGGACGAGCACUACGGCGGAUCCACCAUAAUGGCGUACGACCCGCUCUUCAACUGGGACUCGGAGCGCGCUGCUGUCAUCGGCCACCGCCUGCCCAUCAGACCCAUCACCUCGCCCUCUGUAGGCACCCGCUUCUCGGUGCGGAUUCUGGGGCUGAACGUGCAGGCGGGCCUGGUGGAGCCGGUGUGCGGCACGAUGUGCCUGUACCACGCGGAGCGGCGGGAGAAGGCGUCGGAGGACUUCCACUUCCAGUUUCUGCCACCGCAGUGGGACGGGGAGAGCACGUCCCCCGACACUCGCGCCAUCUUCUCAGUUGACAAGGAGUCAGCGGCGCUGUGCCUGCUGGUGCAGCUGGAGAAGGCGGCCAGUGAAGAGAGCGUGAAUGGGAUCAAGCCGGCUGUGUACACUCGCAAAGACCCGCCCACCCUGACGGACAAGGAGGCAGCACGUCUGUCGGAGUGGGCGCAGGUGAUGCCCUUCCGGGAGCCCUUGGCGUGGAUCACCAUUCCCCUCUUUGACUCCUCCGUCACCGGCGGGGUGGGGGGCUUCGGGGCAGCAGGCGGGGGCAUUUCAGGCGUAGGGUCCUCAGGAAGCCUUGGGGGGGGAGGGGGCGUGUUGGGCGUGGAAGGAGGGGGGGGGACGCCGGGGUCUGGGACGAGUCCGGUGGUGGACAGCAAUGGGAUGCGCGUGCCGGCUUAUGAGCUGGGGGGGCCGCCGGUGCAGAUUGAUAUCCCCAGCUUGAAUCGCGCCAAGGAGUGCUACACUGACGACCAACUGCUGGACCCCAAGAAGAAAUCGCAGAAGCCGGUGCGCGUCUCCAUGCAUUUUGAGGACCCCAAGAAGAAAUCGCAGAAGCCGGUGCGCGUCUCCAUGCAUUUUGAGGUGGAGCGGUUACCGGGCCCAGCAGGGGGAGGGGCAGGCGGGGCAGGGGGGAGUGUGACUCCCCAGUCGCUCAACUCGUCGGGGCGGGGGGUGAACCGGGCGCGCUCGCAGGACUCCAUGAGUUCCGACUUGGACGAUGUCGCCAUGGUGCCACGCAGCCUGUCUGUGUCCAGAUUCCUCUCCGGGUUCCAGGCCAUUGACUUCACUGACAUGGUGCGCGCGGAGCCCUUCACGCGCCUGGUGCACUUGCUCUUCGUGUACCCGCAGCAGGUGGCGCUGCCCAAGAAGCUCAACCUCUUCGUGCGCACCGAGCUCAGGAUGGAUGACCUCGACAUCCAACGGCCGUCGGUGGAGGCCAUAUUCCCCAAGGAGCGCAACGGCCCCAUGUUGCGAACAGCCUCGACCCAGGUGGUGCAGGGGACGCGGCCCGCCCUGUUUCACGACGAGGUGAAGAUCCAGCUGCCUGCAGCGGUGGCGCCCUCGCACCAUCUGCUCUUCACCUUCUUCCACAUCGACCUCUCCCUGCGCUCCGACCGACCCAAGCCGGUGGCAGUGGGUUAUGCAGUGAUGCCGCUCGCUGCUGCCCUACAGGCGUUCAAGGGCGAGGUCAAUCUGCCCAUUUCGAAGGACCUGCAGCCGCGCUACCUGCAGGAGAGCACCAAGUCACGCCUGACCUACUGGGAGGAAGGGAGGCCCAUCUUCCGCGUGCGCACGCGCCUCUUCUCAUCGCUCCUGCCCCUGUCAGACCGCCUGCGGGACUUCUUCCACCAGUUCGACCGCCAUAUGCUGGAGGCACCCCUGCCUAGGGAGGACUUGCUAGAGGCGAUCAAUGCACUCAAGACGGUGGACGUGGUGGUGCUCAUGCAGUUCCUCUACCCGCUGCUCAACAUGCUGCUCUGCAUGAUCGGCAAUGGCGUGGAAACCUUGCAAGUCGCUGCAUUCCGUGCCAUGAUCAAUGUGGUUUCGAGAGUUCAGUUGGAGCUGGCGCCGCAGUCAUCAGCCCCCAUGGAGCGCAGCCGCUUCCUCGUGCACUUUGUGGACUUCAUCUUUGACGACCUCGGCCGCAACCAGCCGCCGGUGUACCCGGGGCUCAGCAACGUGUGGCGCAGUUUGGCUCGCAGUAAGUCCCGGGGCUUCCGAGUGGGCCCGGUGUACGCGGAGGCGCUGCAGAUGGCGUGGUUUGUGCUGGAGCUCGUCGUCAAGUCCAUGGACCUGGAGCUCGCGCAGGUGCCGCAAGGCGACGAGAUCGCAAGAUUAAGGCUGGAGGACGAGGUGUUUCUGUGCAUCCGGCAGCUGUUCGAGUGCCUGCUGGCUGAGGUGCAUGAGAAGGCCGACUCCGACCCGCCCCUCGCCAAGAGCCUGAGCUCCUCCAUCUCCUUCUUCUGCUACGACCUCAUCUCCGUGGUCGACCCGCCGCAAGUCUUUGAACUGGUGGGGCUCUUUCUAUCGCAGUUCGUGGGCGUGUGUCCGCCCAUGCAGCACAUGUUCAAGCUGCACUUCCUGCGGAUAGUGUGCGACCAUGACCUCUACAUCGAGACGCCGGGCAGAGGACCCACAGAGAAGAACUAUCUGACGACAGUGCUGCUGAAGGAUCUCUUUGUGAGCCUCGACCACGAGGAUCCCAGUCAGCGAUCGCUGGCUGCGCGCAUGCUGGCGUUCCAGGUGGCUAAGCAUGAGUACGACGCGCGGUACCAGCAGCCAGAGCUGAAGCUGUACAUCGCACAGCUGUACAUGCCGAUCGUCAACAUGAUCCUGGACGAGGUGGAGACGUUCAACACCCUGGGUGUGAUCCAGAGGCGGCAGAUCCUGGUGGUGAUGCUCACGGUGGUGCGCAACCUGGACAGCGACACGCUGCUCAAGUCGUGGAAGCAGAGCGACGUGCGCACACGCCUCUUCUUCACCUUACUGCAGCAGGCCCUCGUGCUCUUUCAGCACAACCCCCAGCUUAUGGCAGCUGGCAGCAAGCCCCGCCCUCCCUCCGGCUCCAAGUCCGGCCCCUCCAAGGCUGCGUCGCCUGAUGCCUUGCUCGCAGUGGAGCCGCCGCCAAUCCCCAUGUUCUCCGACCGCGUGUCUCUGGCGACCAACGACCUGCUGGACGAGAUGGCGCGGGGGGAUGCCAAGGCGAUGCUGGAGCGCGAGCAGAUCAUCCGCAAGGUCACAGGGGGUGCGGUGUCGGGCGCCAAGGGGUCGGUCUCUCUGCGGGAUGUGCUCGCGCGGUCGAGAAUGUCGCCUAAAGAUGCCAUGGCGCUGCUCAGACAAAACCUGCCGCCCAGCGCUUCCACAAAACUGCUGCUGUGGGAGUCGAGCGUGGCAGCGUGGUGCUCACUGCAAGUCCUGGAGAUCCUCGAGAAGUUCAGCGACAUGGCGGCUGAUGGGCUCGUGGCCACGGACUAUGCCUGCAUGGACUGCCUCACCGGCCCGCUUUCCGUCAUGCUGGCCCUGCCACAGCCCAUGAGCUUCUGGGAGCCCUUUGUUCCGGCAUUCGCUGAAAUGCUCCGGCUCCACGGCAAAGCCAUGCUCGAUGGGCCCCCCUCCGCUGCUGCUACCGCGGCCGCUGCAGCUGCUGCUGAGGCUGGUGGUGAUGUGGGGGGGAGUGGUGGGGGCAGCAGUGCGGUGGGGAGGGGUGGGGAUAUGUUGCUGAAGGAUCUGUUUGGGAGUCUGCUGAGGCAGAUGGCAGUCCGGCCAGAGUUCAUCAGGAAGAGGGCGCUGCUCUGCCUGCUGCUGCUGCUGCGGAACGCCCUGCUGCACAUGCGGGACGUGGAGCGCCUCAGAGUCAUCCUCACAGUGGCCCUCUCCGAGGUGCUCUCGCACAUGCGCCUGCUCCACUCGCCCUCGCCCGCCCUCGGCCCCACCUCUCGCUCUAGCAGCGUGUCCAGCUCCGCUGGUGGGGGGGGUUCUGGGGCGGCGGCAGGGGAUCUGGUGGAGUCAGUUGAGGUUGAGAAACUGAGACUCUCUUUGGAGGAGCUAGGGACUGAGGAUAAGUGGUUCCAGCUGCUAGACGAGUGUGGGUUGCCCUCGAUUUGCCUUGAGAUAGUGGUUGAGGAUGAGGGGGAGGAGGAGGAGGAAGAGGAGGAGGAGGAGGAUGAGGAGGAGGAGUGGGAGGAGGGGGGGAGUGUGUUGGUGGGGAGGCGGAGGAAGAAGGAGAGGGACCGGUGGACGUGGGCGAAUGUGGAGGAGACGCAGGAUAUGCUGCUGACUGUGGUGGAUGCAGCAUCGCAGCACGAACAGCUGAUGGAGGGCCUCAAGACGUCCAACGACAAGUACGCCAUAGUGGAGAGCUACUACAUCCUGGCGCAGGCGUACGGGCACGUGCCGGACCUGUACAUCAUGUGGAUGCUGCACCUCUGCGACGCGCACCAGGAGAUGAACCAGUGGGCGGAAGCAGCUCAGUGUGCUGUCUCUGUUGCCGGGAUUGUCAUUCGGGGUCUGCAAAUCGCGUCUCAAGAGCUGGUGUGGGAUGAAGAGCAUCUAGAAGUGCUCUGGAGCAUCUGCCCCUUGGCGCGGCACCAGUGGCGCGCGCGAGCCUUCUCUUCCCAGUCGGAGUUUGGCGCGUCGAGCCUGACGGUGGAGGGCGCGGUGAAGCACCUGCAGAUGGCGUCCAACUUCUUCUACAAGGCGGAGCUCUUCCACUUCUGCGCUGAAAUGCUCGCACUGCUGCUGCCGCUCUUCCGCGUUCGCCACGACUACAAGCAGCUGACCAAGACGCACAACAAGAUCGCAUCCAUCUACGAGAACGUGGAGCAGCAGGAGACAAGCCCCAUCCCCUUCAAGGACGCCUGCUACUAUCGAGUCGGCUUCUAUGGGGAACGCUUCCGAUACAUCGAUGGCAGGGAGUUCAUCUACCGCGAGCCCAGGGACGUGCGGUUGGGCGACAUCAUGGAGAAGCUCAAGGCGCUGUACGACGCACGCUCGCCUGACGAGGAGCCUCUCCAAAUCAUCCAGGACUCGCGCCAGGUGGACCCCUCGGCGCUCAAGCCCAACCUCGUGUACAUGCAGAUCACAGCCGUUGAACCCGUGGUCGGGAUCGGGGAGGAUCGAUGGCUGGGAAGGCCUCUCGAGCCGCCAAUCGCGGGGACUCCGACUUUCAGCUGCUUCUUUUUUGACACGCCGUUCACGCCAAAUGGGAAGCAGCAGGGGAAGAUGGAGGACCAGUGGAAGAGACGAACACUGCUGUACACCCAGAGCACACUCCCGAGCCUAAUCAGCCGGCAGCCCGUGGUUCGGUCAGAGGUUCGGGAGUACUCGCCGAUCCAGUGCGCAGUGGAGAUUAUCGAAUCUCGGUCGUUUGCUCUGGAGGCUGAGAUGGCCAGCCAGCUGGGGGAUUCCGGGGCGGCAGGGGCGGCAGGAGGGCCGGCGGGUAAGAAGGAUCCGGCAGCGGUUGUAGCGGCGGCAAUGGCAGCUGGGUCCGGGCCGCUACAGCUGCCAAGGCUACAGACGCUGCAGCGGUUGCUGCAGGGCAGUGUGGCGCUACAGGUGAACAGUGGCGUGCUGGGGGUGUGCAUGGCGUUUUACCAGGCGAAUCCCCAGGGGGCGAACCCCCGGGCCAAGGAACCGGAGAAAUUGCAGCCGUCGGAGCUGGAGAUGUUGACGGCUGCGAUAGUCCGGUUUGUGGUGGUGUGCAAGAGAGCAGUGGUGGUGCAUGGGCGGGCGGUUACCGAGGUGGAUAGGGACUUUCAGGAGCAGCUGGAGCAGAGCCUGGAAGACCUUGAGAAGGAAAUAUCGGCUUUCAUUCCAGGCCUAAGGAAACGAGCCUCAGCUUACUGAGAGUAUUUAUUUGAGGGGAAACCAAGUAUUUAUUUGUCGCAUUUGAUGGCAAACUCCUUAGGUUGUCAUCAUGUGGUGGUAAAUAAAUAGCUGCGUAGUGAAAGUUAGGCUGCCUUUUUCUCUGGUCGUUCGUCAAUGCCUCAUGGUCCGAUUUGCAACAGAAAUCCUUGCAAGGUAUAGCAUACUAGUUAAUUCUCUAUGUGGGGAGAUAUACGCCUUCAGGUGUACUAGGGUUUUCGUGGUGGUGGACCACGGAGAAAGUUUUGCUAAUU